CCUACUUUCUGGGGUUGACUUUUCUCUUUGAUUUUUAUCUUCGCAAUCUGAAAAUCCCAUUAACUUCUCUCUUUACUUGCCUUUCCAAGAUCCAUUUAUUGUUCCAUUAUUCUUGAACCAGUCAGGAACAGAUGGUCUGGUUGAUCGACUUCAAUGGCUUUAACUUAUCACAUAUAUCAGUGAGGAUGACACGGGAAACAGCUCACGUUUUACAAGAACAUUAUCCUGAGCGUCUAGGUGUGGCGAUACUAUACGACCCACCCAAGUUCUUUGAACCUUUCUGGAAGGUGGUCAAACCUUUUCUGGAGGCCAAGACUCAAAACAAAGUGAAAUUUGUGUACUCUGAUGAUGUAAAUAGCAAGAAAGCAAUGGAGGAUCUUUUCGAUAUGGAGAAACUGGAGUCUGCAUUUGGUGGAAAUGGUGACUCUGGUUUCAACAUCAGUAAGUUUGCGGAGAGGAUGAAGGAAGAUGACAAGAGGAUGCCCGCCUUUUGGAGUAGGGAAAAUACUCAAUCUGCAGCUCCACCAGAACCCAUGUCAACACUCGAUCAUGUUUAAGAUCAGAAGGCCUCAUUUCCAAUAAAGUGCAUU